AUGGACCGAGAUUCCAGACUCAGGGUCUCAAGAAGGGCCUUUUACCUGCAGGGUGGGACCGGAAUCUCAGCCAACACCUGUCUGCUCUGUCUCCGCCUGGCCGCCAUCCUCAAGGGCCACAAACCCAGGCUCAGGGACCUCCUCAUCACCCACCUGGCUCUGACAUACAUUGUCCUACUUCUCAUUGUGGCCCUUUUGGUAUCUACAGACAUCUGGGUAGUGCAGGACAUUCCGAGUGACGUCAAAUGCAAAAUUCUGGUAUUCCUGCACAAGGUCAUGAGGGGACUGUCCCUCGGCACCACCUGUGUCCUGAGUGUGCUCCAGGACCUCACCAUCAGCGCCAGUGGCUCCUUUCUGGCCGACUUCAAAGUCAAAUCUGCAAACCCCAUCCUGGGGGCAUGUCUGUUCCUGUGGGUCCUCACCAUGGCCAUUAUCAGCGACCAGCUUCUCUGCAGGGUGGCCACCCCCAGUGCCAGGCAGCCAGGUCUUCUCUUUGUCAACAGCCACUGCUCUUUCCUGCUGAGGUACAGGGGUGUUUUUCUCUUUCUGGUAAUGCUCAGAGACAUCUUCUUCGUGGGCCUCAUGGCCGUGUCCAGUGGGUACAUGGCCACCCUUCUGCACAGACAUCAGCAGUGCUUCCUGUCCCUCCACGACUUUAGGCUGUCCCCCCAGACCUCCUCUGAGCACAGGGCCACUCCCAGCGACCUGCAACUGCUCGACUGCUUCGACACCCUGUACUGUGCAGACUCUGCACUCUCCCGGCUCAUCAGCGGGAUGAGGAGAAAUGUCCCCAUGCUCUGGAGCAUCCACAAUACAGUGACCAGUGGUUAUGGCAUGCUCAGUCCCCUGGUACUGCUCAGGGUGGACACCCAAAUCCUGAACAUCACAGGAGCCCAGUGA